GUUGCUCCGAUUCAUGGGAAAAUAUAUUAUGAGUCCGUUUCUGUGGGUUCCUUACUGUACGUUAGACUUUAAAGCUAAGGCUGUUUUAUGAAGGAAGAUUAAAAGUUAGAAGUUCAAUAUUAAUUUUGGUCGGAAAAUGUCUGAUUUAACAGGAAGAUUCAAAUUCUUAUCGACUGAAAAUUUUGAAGAGUUUUUAAAAGCAGUCGGUGUGGGUAUGGUGAUGCGAAAGUUAGGUUCCACUUCAAAACCAACAGUGGAAAUUUCAAAGGAAGGAGAUAAGUGGAAGAUAAAGACAAUUACAACAUUCAAAACAACAGAGAUUGAAUUCAAAUUGGGGGAAGAGUUUGAAGAAACUAGGAUGGAUGGUUCUGUUGUGAAGACAACAAUAACUCAAGAAGGAAACAAACUCAUCCAAAAGCAGCUAGGUGACAAAGAAGUGACAAUCACUAGAGAAAUCAAUGAUGAUGAGCUUAAAGUUGUUUGUACUGUAGAAGACAUUGUCUCAACUCGAAUAUACAAGAGAGAGUCAAGUUAGAAGCAAGUCUGUGGGGUGUGAUACAACUUAGUGUCACAGUGGACAAUGUAAAGCUGUCUUCUUGUUUGAAAAUUUUACAAGAUUAAAUUGUCUUUUUGUGUUCAGUAUUUUCUUUCUUUUUGAUUUAGAACAUGUUGUAACAUCUUAGUGAAUAUGGUCUUUGCUUAGAUUUGCUGUCUCACAUAGUAUUCGAAAAGAUAGAGCUUCUUAAAAGGAACUAGUGAAUUGAGCCCGCUGUAGAGAAAUACUGAAGUUUCUUAUAGGGUUCUCUGAAAACCUUGUAUAAUGCUAGUCAAACUUAAUAUAAUAUAAUGAAUAGGUAAUAAGUUUAGUACUAUAAUUUCCAAAGCACUCCCCACCCCUUAAUCCCACAUUUUUCAUGCAUCUAACCAAUUCACAUAUAAAAAAAUGUCAUCUGUUAACUGGUUUGUUGAAUAAUUUGAAACUACCUUCUAGUAUUAUCAUUGUAUUUAUUGUUACGAUGAAUUAGGUUAAUAAAAGUAUUUUAAAGUGGAAAGUAAAUGGUCAUAAUUAAGUAACUGUAAAAAUGUAUUUUCUCUUUAAAAACAAAUAUUUGAGUAACUGUAUACGAACACCGUCUUAUCUCACAAGUGUUUUUAGAGCAUCAGUUCUGGCUUUCACAUGACAUUUUUUUUAUUUCAUUAUUGUGGUAUUAAUUGUUCAUCAGAAAUACUGGGUACAUCAUUAUGUUGAGCUGACAGUGCUCAUGCUCUCUGUCUCAUCAAUCAAUGUAACAAUUUUUAUGCUAAGAAACACCAAAUGGGUCCAUCUGUUAAAUGAAGACCUUUUUUAUUAUAUUAAUGUUAAAUUUUGUCAGUGUGUUCCAACCUUAGCUACAGUUCACAGUCACAUGGUUACUAGCGGAACAGACCUUCUUCCUUUAUAUUAAGUGUUGAACUGUGACAGUGUACUUUUGUAUGUUAUUACAUCAUGUAGUGUGUUAUAGGAGUAAUUCCUGGUGAUAUAAUUUGGUAGAAAAAAUACUAAUUUCUGGUUAUAUAUUUUUCUUUACCAAAAGGUAUAUUUUAUCUUCCAGACUAUCAAGUUUUAAGAGAAAUAAAUUAUUAAGUAAUUUUAUAAUGCAGUUUUAAAAGAGUAUCGAUAUGUCUGGGGUUUAAGAUGGAAAAGGUUUCAUUCUCAUUACUAAGAUGUUACUUGUUUAGUGAAUGAUCUACAAACUGAACAGAAGUCUGUACUGAUUUGAUUAAAAACCUCAGUACAGAGAACAAAAUGAUAGCCACCAUCGCACUGCCUAACUGAUCAACUUACAAUACUGUAUUGUAUACAAUUCACAAAUCUAUGCAUGGGUAUAGACUAGGUAUGGUAUUCUUCUCCCAGCUUUUUAUAAAAUUAAUACUUGUUACUAAUUUUGAAUUCAGAUACCGUGCACACAUAAUUUUUAAGAAUCAGAGAUUUAUUCAAGUUGUAUACAGUAUAUGCAAUCUUAAAUGUGUAGAGUUUAGCCACACCCAUUAAAGUUUCAUACAUAUAUACACGUUAUGUAACAAAUAGUUAUAAAUAAAGCUUACAAUACUUCCUUCUGCUAGUGCAAAUAUAAGCUUUGUACAAAUGACUUGGUUACAGAUUUAGAGAGAAAAGCAAAAUAUUAAACUUUGGUAUGCAUGGUUAGUGAAUUUAGUGCUUUUAAUAAAGAACUAUGUUGUAGAAAUAAUAAUGAAUUUAUAAAACACAAUAUAUUAAAUCACAAGUAUGAGAAAUAUCUUGUGUGAUUAAUACAAUAUCUUUGGAUUGUACUGUCUUUUACAUGCAAGAUUAUCACAGUCUAUAUGUUACUCAGGCAGCAAUACUUCUUGGUUGGAAUAAAUAUAUGUGUAUA